UUGAAGGCUAAUUUUUUAGAACCGCUGUUAGUUAUCUUUGAGUGGUUUUUUCCAGUCAGCGACAAUCCAAAACGCAUCUUUCAUGCAAACUUUGUCACCAGCGUCAACGGCGAGCUUGUUCGAUUCGGGGAAUUGCAGGCUCAUCGUAGAGUAUUAGGCCUUAUUGGUGUAGCUUGCGCACAGCCAUCAACAUCAGCGCCGCCUUCGAGAAAAUCGUCUCUCAACAUCAAGACCUCGUCGACAUCUGAUGAUGUCGGUUUGGGGCAAAUUACUAUCAGGCGGCGAUCUUCUUUAAGUGGUGGAACAACUAUGGAUGAAGUGAAGAGCAAUUACGAAAAAGUCAAGCGAGAUUAUGAUAGCACCCUUGUUGAUAGUCGUUGUAUUCUUCUUGGCUAUGAUGAGCAAGACGUAUCCGCACAUUUUUCAUCUCGAGAAACAUUUCUAUUUCAUCGACUAGAGGAAUCUGAUGAACUGGAAACAGGUGUUAGAGAGUUUAUGCGAGCAAUUUACUUCGUUCUCGAAAGCAAGCGCUUGGAUCAGUCGUUUGAAAAACUAGAGUGUCCACCUUGCCCUAUACUUCCCGAGGAAGAAAAGUUCCGAUUUGGAGUGGAAAACAAAACCUCAAAGGCUUACAAACGCAAGUGCAUCGGUCGUUCUCGAAAGCAGAACGCCGACUAUGCUAUGCUUACGGGACUACCGCAGCUGGCCCUUGACUCGUAUGCAGCCUCUAUGGAUAUGCUCAAAUCUUGCAAUGACAUGCUAUGUUCCGAUCACCCUUCUAUGGGCACGCUUUCCUUAGGUGCCUGCGAAGGUUGGGCUUGCGCCGCAAUGGCUCUUUUGUACGAUGGCAUAGCGUCAAGUGCUACCAUGUAUCGAGUUGCGAGUAUGACACCAACACAGAUGAGGGAUAUCGACAAUACUGGACAUCUUUCACUGGGAGCAGCCAUAAGCGCCGCUACGGCAUUUCAGCAUACGUUAGGAGUAUCAUUGGGGCAUCAACGGCAUCGUUCUGACGAAAAUGCUAGAGUGGUGCCUGUUGCUGAUGACGGCAGCGAGGGUGAAAAUCGUCGCUCACGCAUGCCAUGGGCUGUACUUCGUGGAGAAAAGUCAAAAGAAAAAAUUGAGCCAUCUGCAAUAAUGGAGAAGUUUGAAUUGGCACUGGAGAAUUAUGCUAAGUUUUCAUUUGCUGCGAUGAUUGAAUAUGACUGUAUGAUGAAAGCUGUGUCGUUGUUCCGAUAUCAGCGAAUGUAUGUUGAGAUGGAGGUUGGAUUUAGACGCAAAUGUUCAUUCUUUGCUCGUCUAGGUGUUUUGUUUCGUUUACAAAUUGCUGAAGGUGAACAGAGAACUCCACAGGAUUAUCGAGUUGUUUACCCAACUCUUUACAGAACUCUCCCUGGUUAUGGCAUCAAGGAAAACGUGCGCGAAGUUCCUCAAGAUGACAUGUUGAAAGGGCCGGUUCAAUUACAAAUCAAAGCUUUGCACGAAGUUUACACCGCUGCAUCCCGAGCGGAGCUGCAUGAAGCGGCGAUUAGACAUCUUUGCCAUCUAAUUCAGGUGUACUAUGAUGAUAUGGAUCCAAUAUUGGCCAAUCGUCUCUUUGACGAUCUACAAAACCUUGUGCGUAUUAAAGGUAGUCCGCCUCAGCUUAACCAACGCAUUUCGGUUCCUGUUGGUAAUAUAAUUCUCCCUUCCAUUCAAUUGACAAGAUUUCCUGAGGUCAGGUGA